AUGCCCAAGGCCUCGCCGUCGAAGGCGCCGCUGCCGAAGCCGAAGAAGCCGAAGGAGGUGAAGGACGUGGCCUUGAACACGAUGCGCGUCGUCGACUACCAGGCGAAGCUGGCCGUCUAUGAGGAGGAGAUGGCGGCGUACAAGGCCGGCCAGCGGCGGCGCGAGGCGGACAAGGUUGCGGUCAAGCGGAGGCUCUCGGCAGGCGACGCCGAACCGGCGGCGAAGCGCUCGACGCCGGCGCGGCUGGAGACGCCCGAAGCGUGCGCGGCGGGCUCAGCCGAGGCGCCGCGUGCGCCACCUGCCGAGCCCCUGCGGCGAUUACCGCAAGUCCUUCGCGAAGAGAAGGAGGCGGCGGCGGCGGUCGAGCCCGAGGCGCGCGGCGACGGCGUCGAGCUGCUCGGCGGGCCGCGCGCCGGGGAACGGGGCAAUGUGACCCGGCUGCGGCGAUGCGACGGCGGCGCGCCGAGCAAGGAGCCGUGCUGCUGCGAAUGCGGCCACACUGUCACCAGCAGGGAGGCGCCGGGGCAAGGCACGUGCGACGUUUGUCUCGAGCAGGUCGCCGCCGGCGACGACAUCGACGCGGCGUUGGCAUUGGCGGCCUCGGUGGCGGGCGAGCUGCCGGCCGGUGCCUCGAAGCGGCAGCGCGCACUGUAUGCCAUCAAGAUGAACAUGGUGGCCGCCCCGGAGAGGGAGGCCGAGGCGACCAAGGCGGAAGGGGCGGCUCGCCGCCCAACGCGACACGAGCUGGCGGCGGCGGUGGCGGGAGGCUGGAGCAAGUUGUUCGCGGAGCAGGCUGGUGUGGACGGCAUGGGGUACCCGUGGGAUGGGGACUGGUGCGAUGAGGACGCUUCCGACUACGAUGAGGAGUACCUCCCGUCCCAUCGUGAGGAUGUGCUGUUCGACCUCGAAGACGGCGGCCCGUGGGGGGCGAGACCUCGGAGGCCGACAGCUGCGGAGCUCGCGCCUCUGGCGUGGCCGCACAGCUACUGGUGGCACGACCGGGACCGAAUCGUCCUGCUGUACAUGCACAUGCUCGACAACCCGCCUGAUGGCAGCUUCCUUUGGGAGGCUCGCGUGUUUCGGCAGGGCGGAGGCGGAGGCGAUGUGUGA